UUUGUUAGUUACAGGUAUUUGUAUAAAAAUGGCCGCUCUAGAGAGUUCUUAGUCAAUCACCAUAAUUAAAAUAAUCAAUUUUAUUGAUGUUUUAGGCAUAAUCUUAUCGUAGAUGCAUUUCAAUAUGUCUUUGGAAAAUAGCGUUGUUGAAUCCCUCGCAGAAUCAUUGGUUCGUGAAUAUCUCAAUCGAAAAGGACUAAAGUCGACUUUACGUGUCAUGGAUGAGGAGUACCCUCGAAGUGAAAACGGCAUAAAUAACAGACAGAUAUUAGUAAAGGAGCUACAUCUUGAUGAGCUGAUGAAGAAAAAUAAGGAACAGAAAGUGCCAUUGAAAGCUAUGUUGGAAGUUAUGACCAAGUUUUUUUUGGAAAGACUGGUGACUGAAAACAUGGAUAAUACACAGCACCCAACAACCAGAUGCGUAGAUGAAAGAUAUCUUUUGCCUUUUGCCACAGCUGCUGGACCAAUUUCUAGAAGAGCUUCAGGAAGAGGUGAUCAAGAUAUUGUCAUUGAAGAUAACAUUGAAAGUGAGACAAUCCUGGGACAAGGAAAGGCAGGGCUCUUGUCAAAAAAAUUUGUUGAUGAAAAGGAGUCGUCCUCUUACUCAAAGCAGACACGUCCUUUGUCCUCAAAAGGAAGAUCUGGAAUUAUCAUGAGCACAAUGGAGGAUCCAGCAAGAUGGAGAUGGACCAAUAAAUCUAAGCCUAAUAACAAUAAUAAUAAAAUAGCAAAGAAUCAACAAACUAUGAGACAUUCAGAAGCAGACUUUGACACUGAUCUGUCUCAGACAAAUGGAGAAGAAUCUAUCAGCCCUUCCUUAUCAUCCACCAAGUUUUGGGAUCAGAUAGGGUUCCCACAACCUGACAUUCCCACUGCUUCCUCAUCUUGUUCAGUGGUUAAAGAAGAGCAUUCCAUGCCCUCCCGCUCAAAAUCAUCUUCUUUUCAAGAACUUUUGAAUGCCAGUGAGGAAAAGGCCAAUCAGUUUAGCCGACGACUAAGCAACAUGAAUAAUGAGUGUGAAAUUUCAGACAAAAGCUACAAUGCAAAGACUUCAAGUUUUGCAAAAGAGAGACCAUUUUCACAAACAUCUACCUCAAAGCCAGGAUUCAAGCCAGCCUCAUUAAGUAAUAUAAAGAAUGGAGAAAUAGAGAUUGGCGAUGUCGAUGAUGCGGAAUCUGAGGUGAAUGAUAUCCAGCUAAAACCAGCUGCUUUGACCCCGCAGAGAAUGCAGUUGAAGACACUGGACUCGAUGCCCAUAGACAAAAAUACUGCAGUUUCAUUGAAAACACUUGUGUUUGGGACUGCCAGCCAGGUCUAUUGUGAUGAAUGGAGACUGCAGAGUUUUACUUUUUGUAAUAUUCCUCAAAUUCAGUACGGAAUUGUUCAAAGAAAGGGUGGACCUUGUGGAGUGCUGGCCUCUGUACAGGCAGUUUUUCUGCAAGAGAUGCUAUUUGGAGAGAAUAAGCUGCCCUCCAGCAAGUGUCUGAGGCCUACUAAAACAGAGAGAUCAGAAUUUCUGGCAAAAGCAGUGGCUAAAAUUCUUUGGCGUGCUGGGAACCAGACAAAGGCCGUGGUUGCAGUCCCAAGUAUGCAAUGCCAUAUUCCAGGAACAACACAGUUUAAACAAGAUGAAGUUACAGAAAAGUUGGUGCUUUAUAACUUUAAGCAGUUUUCUGAAUUGCUGGAAUUCCUCAAGCAAUCUAUUCAUGAGUUUGAAAGAGAUGGAAGCAGUGGAGUAAUUCUGUGCAUGUACUCUGCAAUUUUAUCAAGAGGUGUUGAAAAGGUGAGAAGUGACAUGGAUGAGCCUAAUGGAAGGAUGAUUGCUGCACAUGGGUAUUGCACACAGGAGUUGGUGAAUCUUCUUCUAACUGGGCAAGCUGUUUCAAACGUUUUCAAUGAUGUUAUGGAGCUUGACUCGGGAACUGGCAAUAUUGUGGUCCUAAGGGGCAUUUCUGGCCGGUCUGAAACAGGCUUUUUGUCGCUGUUUGAACAUUACAAGUCUUGUCAGGUGGGAACAUACUACAAGACACCAAAGUACCCAAUAUGGGUGGUUUGCAGUGAGAGUCACUUCAGUGUUCUUUUUUCUACUAGACACGAGCUAGUUUCAGACUGGAAGGCAGAGCGGCGCUUUGAUCUUUUUUACUAUGAUGGACUUGCUCGCCAGCAGGAGGAAAUCAGACUUACUAUAUGUACAACAAACAAAUUCUAUCAGCCACCUUCAAAUGAUGAGCUUGUUCCACCAUUAGAACACUGCAUCCGCACAAAGUGGCCUGAUGCCGAAAUUGACUGGAAUGGAUAUGAACCAAUACUCUAAGAGCUCCAGUUCACCAGCUGCAGGACAGUAAAGGGAGAUACUUUCAUGAUGUAGUCUGGAUUUAAAAGUGCUCUUAGAAUUAUCAUCAUCAAUAGGUUCCUUCUUCUGUGAUUUAAAAAUGUGGGUAAAACCUUUAAGUGUCUUCAUGACUAAAGAAACCAGCAAGAGGCUGCUUGAUUGUUCAUAGUGAGGUGUAAAAUAACAUGCAAAAGAUUGACAAGAUUAAAGUAAGCAGCAGUCCACCGCCGACAAACUUGUUAAUGAUGCAACGAUGGACACAUAUAGAAUAUCACAGGAAAAAGAUACUUUCGUUCUGAAAUACUUGUGUAAAAGAUCCAUUACUCUAGUUAGUGGUCAACAAAAGUCGAUUUGAAUAAUUUAAACUAAUUAACUAGACUAAGUGACUAGAUUGGAUUAUUUUUAAUCAUCCAAUUAAUAGUACCUAUAAAAUAUUAAAAUGCUGACUUUUUUUAAACCUUUAAUGUCCUUGUGACUCCAAAGCUUUCCUUGAAUAUAAUGUAAACUAAGGAAUUUUCUUUACUUUUCAGUUUAUCUUUCCAAAAGUUCAGAAUGCAAGUGAACUUUUAAAAAAAGUGUUAUCUCCAUUCAGUUUUCUUUGUAUGUACAAAGAUGCUUUUCUCCCAUACCCCAAUGUUGCUAAUUUUUGAAUUUUGCAUCACAGAUCAUGUUUCUUUAAUAUGAACAGUUAUGCAGUCACUGAACUUUAAAAGAAGCUAAAAGUAAUAUUAUUUUGCACAUAGUUGCAUUAUGUAUUAUAUAACUUAUAAAUUAUUGAUAAUUUUAAUUUUGUUAUUGGUUGGUGGCAUUUAUCAAAAUAUAAAUAAAUUUGUUAUGAAAUAGACCUGCAAUGAGAUGCUUCUGAGAAGUAAUGAGUGAAUGAGAUGCACAGCAUUAAGGGUCUGAAAAUUAUUUGUAAAACGCCCUAUUUUAGUAUUUAUCCCAUUUGCUUAUCUAGCAUUUUUGAUGCAUAUGCAAACUACUGUUUUCAGUAGUUACACUUUCAAAGUCAGCAAAAAUUGUGAACAAAGACCUGUAUAAUAUACAUGGUUAAAUUAAACUGUUGUCAAUAAAAUUAA